AUGUGGGGGAUCCUGACAGAAUCUCCGGCAGACAGACUUCCCUUGGACACCGGCUCAAUAUUGAACAUCCGAAAAACUUGCCUCAGAGACUCAUUUUCAAUAUUCGGUUUGAUCCUGAUUGCGGUUGGUGGUUUUAUCCUACAAAACCUGUCAGCAUUUGCCUUCGUCUACGUUCAGAAUGAGAGCGAACUUCUGAUUGGUUGCUGGGUUCUGAUUGGUUUAGGAUGUCUCGUCUUCUUGGCUGGCUUCAAUGGAGUCUGGGCUUGCAUGAAAGAAAGCCACAUCGGAAUGAAAAUAUAUUUUGCUGUAAUGAUCUGCAUAGUGAUUGCUGAACUGGCGACGGGUAUUCUCGCAUUUGUCGGCAGGGAACAGGUUAAAGAGAACACUAGGAAUACAAUGAAGAAUCAGAUAAAAAACGAGUUUGGUAAAGGUGGCAUUGUGGAUGACGGAUACAAUGAAAUACAACAGAAGCAACGAUGUUGUGGAGUCGAUGGACCAAGUGACUGGAAGGAUUCCUACUUUUCAAGUCUAGUUGAAAAUUCAGGAGUUGCUGUUCCGCCAUCUUGCUGCAUUCCCAAGAAUAAGACCGGAUGUAACCUUGGGACCCCUGGACAACCAGACAAACCUCAGCUUGUUCAUGAUAAGGGAUGUUCUGAGGCAGUUGUUACAUUUCAAAUUGGAAAUAUCAAUACCCUUGGCAUGAUUGCUCUAAUCAUGGUUGCUCUGGAGAGUGUUUCUCUACUGUUGGUCUGUUGCGUCAUCAGCACCAGACCACAACUAGAUUUAGAAAAACCUGACCAAUCAGAGAGCUCCAUCAUCAGCGAGGAUGAAAAGCUGUAAAAACUGUUCAGUCAACCUCGUACCCACACGGGUUUACAAGAUCGUCCUGCCAUUUCCUCGAGGACGCCUUGCUCAAAAACAGAGUACAGUGCUGCUUUAAUAAUAACGCCUAUUAAUCACCAGGUUAAUUUUAGCGCCUCUUAUUAUUUUUCUAGUAACCGUUUUAGUGGUAGCGCCCUCUUGUGUCUCCAUUAAGUAUUGGUGUGUUUUUAUCACUGAAUUGUCAUCCAAAUCAUGCAGUGUUACGAUCCAAAAAUCCAAAAAACAUAAUAAAAAUUAAAAGGAACAUGGAGUUGUGUGAUCAAAAUGAAACUAGAGAAAAUGGGCCCCACAACCCUUGCUGAAAAAAACCAUGUCGAAAUAUGCCAUUGUUAUCCAUUAGAGACGUUUUGUAGUCACCUUGGUUGGGGAGCGAGGAAUCUAGCAAAAAACAAACGAAAAUCCCAGAGCUGGGACAUUAUUUUAUGCAUCAACAGAAUCUAUGUAUGGAUAUUCUUAUGGAUAUUUUAUUUGUACAUAUAGAUUCAUGGUCCAUUGAAAAAGUGAGUGGUUGUAGCGACAACAGACUUUUAUCCUUUUGAUCACCAUCAGCACAUGGAGACAAUUUAUUACUAUGGGUGCACUUUUUGUAUUGUCACUGCUAAGCUCGGGGUCCAUUGUGUGCUGUAUAUUACCCUCGAUACAUAGAUUUCCUUGUGAAUUAUGAUUCAUGGUUCGUUGAAUAUUGUGACGACAACAACUUGUUAUCAUUUUGAACUGAAUGCAUGAUUUAUUACCUCAGUCCUUCUCGCGUUACUACAAAGCGUGGGGCCAGUAACA